AUGGCGACAGCUUUCGGCUUCCGAGGCAAGUCCAUAUGUAUAUAAAUUGUCAUCUGCACCAAACAGAUUUUCACUUAUGUUCUGUCACUUAACACCGUAGGACAUCCGUGGUUCCCCGUCUCCAAAACUCGCCUGCAAGUUCUUCCGGAACCAUCAUAGGCCAACUUGGUACAGAACCUGGUGAGAUGAUGCUUGUCAUACUGUCAGAUGCCUAGAUCCAGCCGUGGACGGCAACGGAAACAUUUGUUGUGAAACAUUACUGAUGUUUCUCGCAAAACUCGGGACACUGUCUCUUUCCCUGAAUGUGAGUGUUACGUUAUCGUAUUGAACGUUCUGGUAGCGUGGAUUGUCGUGGAAUAACAAGCGGCAUGAAAGCGUCAGAGAAUCAAAGACAUUUGACCAGUUUGAAGACGAACGGGAUGCAAUUUGUUUAAAUUAGAUACAGAAACGGUGGAGAUUAAUAACCUUGGACGGUCCUCAGAAACUAAUUUUCCGUUAAUCGUAUUCCAAUUGUGAAUUUUGACGCCCAGCGUAUUCAACUUCGAUCGUCUGCCCAUUGUCUUAACUUAUCAAUUUGGCGGCAAAGUCAGCAGCACAGAGAACAUUUGGCGGCAAAGUCAGCAGCACAGAGAACAUUUGCAAGAAUUUUAUUAAACGCGGUCGUCUUCUCGUUAAUCAACGAUAGCUUUAUAUCAAUUGCUCUUGCUGACUAGAAGUGUCAAAAUAAAGCGCACCCCUCGCCCUGCGCGACAGAACCAAAUGAAGCCAACGGGGUCUUUAUUGAGCAAUAAUGGCCGCCAACUCGGAACAUAUUUGGCGUGAGUGACACGAGAGAGUUUAAACGAAUAUGAGUUACUUUUACGGAGACAAUUUACUGACGUCAGUUGAGGGUCAACGUGAGACGUCCCCGGCAAUAUACACGGAAAUUUACCCAUACGCCGCUGCCAUGAUUCCUACCAGGACAGAAGACGGAAUUGGACAAUUGUCCGUCAAUGGCUACUCUCCAAGCACGUACCCCCUGGUUCCCCAGGCCUACGUGUGGACGGACCACAGUUUGGUAGUCCCGAACCAGGCACUCGCUGUCCAGCACUCACAGCUCAACUCCGGGACUCGCUACAUACAGGAUAACGACGGAGGUGAACUCGACGUACGUUCAAGAAAACGUCGUUUGCCGACCGUUGCUCAACGCCGAGCGGCCAACGUUCGGGAGCGGCGCCGGAUGUUCAAUCUUAACGAAGCUUUUGAUUCUCUGAGGAGACGAGUUCCCACUUUUGCUUACGAGAAGCGGCUUUCAAGAAUUGAAACGUUGCGUCUUGCUAUAGCAUAUAUAGCAUUUAUGACAGAGGUCGUAAACGGGAAGAGCCCGGAUGAUAUAAAAUUGAAUAUCUACAGGAAUCAAACGGUGAACGACUAUGGGCGACGGCAACCGCCGUCAGCGAUUUGUCGGCACGAGUCUGGUUUCAGCCUAGAUUCGACUGGUGAGUCUAACGUCGACGAGGGCAAUGUGAACAACGACGAGGAAGUAUUCAGUGAAUAUGAAUCAAACGGGGACGAAUAGAAAUAUAGAACUACUAGCUGUUAUUUGCAAGUGCGGUUGUAAAAUGUAAACGGUGUGGUGACAAUCUAAUCAGGUUAAGCGUCUUUUGAAAAGUUUAAUAUGAAAUCAAUUAUAUUUUCUACGAACCCGGCAAAUAAUAAUUGUAUCUGUGAUGAUUAAGACGUUGACUUGUCACAAGUAUUCCUUGGAAGCAACGGGAAGGUUACGUUGACUUGUCACAAGUAUUCCUUAGAAGAAACGGGAAGGUUACGUUGACUUGCUCUCAAAGUUCUAAAAUAAUCGUUUCUGAAACAAUGGUGAGCAUACAGUGCACGUAUUUCAGGAAAUGUGCAGUAUGUGUUUUUCAGCAUUAAAAUGUCUCUACCUGUAAUGGAUAACAUUCAGACAGCAUUGAUACACGUUGGAUUAUCGUUGACAUUUGUUUUACGUUUCAUACUUGGAUUAUAUUUCACUGGGAGCUGAUGUGCGGAUAUUACACAUGGUUGGUUUUCUCCAAAAGGAAGUACAUGCUUAUAGUAAUCUGUUUCAUGUUUCUAUAUUGUUUUCACUUGGUUUGUUGUUGACAAAGGGUUGUUAUUUCUAUGAAAUCAAAAUUAAAAUCAUGUCAUUUUUAAUAAUCAAAGAUUUAAUUCAAAUACUUAUCUUGUCUUUUCGGAAUAAAUCUUUAUCGUGUACAUGAACCAAAAACAAUUACUUUCGGUUUCUGAAUGUGAAUUUAUUAAAUCUCAGUAAGGAAUAGUAUUUCUCCUUAUUUUCAGCGGAGUAUUUCAAUAAAAGAAUACUUUUACAGCUCUAAUGAAAUAAAUGUAAAAUGUUUCUUUCAAAUAUUAUUGGUAUUUCGCCUACGGUUUUUCUCUACGUUAACACGUGGUUUGUUGGUGUCUGUAAACGACUGGCAAUAAAGUAGCAAUGGUU